ACUGAACUUAAGUCAUGAAUCAUGAGUGCAUCACAGUUAAUACAUAUAAAAAGGAGAGAUUUUCCUUGUUCUAUUCAUCUACUCAACACAAUAACACACACAUACUGAGCAAAAAAGUCAUAAAGCAGUUAAACAUAAACGACUGAAUAAAAGAAGUGAAACCGUAGGUAGAGCAAGCGCAUAAUGAAAUUAGUAGUUUAACUGAAUGGGAUUCAAAAUAAGUGAUAUAUAUAUUUUUAGUUAAAAAUAAUUGUGAACUGUGACUGAAUUCAUAAAAACUCUUUUUUUUCACUGGCUUUAAAAUUGAGCUCACUUAUCUUCUAAGCGAUUCCAUUGUUAUAAAACAAUCCGAAAUGGAUUCAAAUGUAGGAGAAUCGAUAUCCACAGAUGACCAAAGACCAAAUAAUAUUUUAGAUAUUCUCAACGAUCAUUGUAUUCAAGAAAUCUUCACUCAUUUGUGUACCAACCUUGAUUUCUUGAAUGUUGCCGGAGUGUGUAAAAAAUUCCGAGAAAACGCUAGAAAAUCUUUACUCGCGUGUUUUAAAAAACUAAGCAUUGAUAAUUAUAUUUGCUUUUCUGAUGUGCCUCCAAAGCGUAUACCAAGUUUUUUAAGAAUAUUUGGUGAUCAAUUGAACAUGAUCAAUUUGAACUACACUGCAACAUCUCAAGAAAUACCGCAUUCUGAUUAUAUCCGUCUAGGGCAUAUUGACAUGAUCACUAAUUAUUGCAGUAAAACUUUACUGCAGCUAGAAAUUGCAUGUUCAAACGAUGUGCAAUUGGAUAUGGAAAUAAGUUCUCAGUUCGUGGUUUUGGAGAAACUAUCAAUAAACUCUAGUACGAUCAAUAAACUUUCGCCUUUCCCAAAAUUGAAAGAAUUGAUGUUAUUUAAGGUCAAAGUUAAGAAUUGCGAUUGGCUUAAAUAUGAAUUUCCGAAAUUAGAACAACUGUACUUACUAACGGAUGGUUUAAACGAUGAAUUGUUCAUUGAAUUUCAAAAGAAAAAUCCACAAUUAAAAAGUCUAACCGUUAUUAAAUCGUCAUUAUCUUCUUGCAUUUUUCAAAAUAUCGAAACGCGACUACCAAAUCUUGAGGAAUUGGUGUACAUUGCACGUGAAGAUAUACACCAAUUUAACGCCAAUGAUUUCUUGCAUAUAAGCAAUUUGACGAAAUUGAAAUGUUUAAUCAUUAGUGAAAGGAGACUACCAAAAGAACCACUCAUUAAGUCACUCGGUAAAAAAAAGGUGCCCAUUAAAAAGCUUGAAAUAAAUGAUGUUCUCCGGAGGUAAUGAGUAAUUUUAAUCGAAAUUGUUGAUUUUAAAAUAUGUACCGAUCCAAACUCAACUCUUAGAAAUGAAAAUUCAAAAUGACGAAAAUAUCACAGUUAAUCAUCAACAUUUUCCUCUACUAAUAGUAUUAAGCGGAUUUGUUUUAUGUUAGUGCCAGUUUGUUUCAUACGAACCAAAUACAAUGAGAGCAAAAAUGUAACAAAUUUUAAAUGAAUGUCGGAACAUUUCUCCAACAAACGUUU